GCCUUUUUAGUGCUAGCUGAACGUAAAGUAAUGGCUUUUGUGCGACGUCGAAAGGGUCCUGAUGUAGUGGGAUCAUUCGGAUUGUUACAACCUCUAGCAGAUGGUUUGAAAUUGAUUCUAAAAGAACCUAUUUCACCAAGUAGUGCUAAUUUCUCCCUUUUUAGAAUGGCUCCAGUGGCUACAUUUAUGUUAAGUCUGGUCGCUUGGGCCGUUGUACCUUUUGAUUAUGGUAUGGUAUUGUCAUAUCCGAACAUAGGGCUACUUUAUUUGUUUGCCAUAUCUUCGCUAGGUGUUUAUGGAAUAAUUCUAGCAGGUUGGUCUAGUAAGACGGGGGGCGGCCGUUCGGUCACCUAUGAUAUACGGACCAAUUGGUCAAAAAUGGGUUUGUGCCGCAGGUGUUGAACGAUCUACUCUACACAGGUGUGGGCUUACAGGGCUAGGGCUCAUAAACCCUUUCUUUCAUUCAUCAAGGGGUCUGUCACUUUUCCAGGCCGGGAUCGAGAAG